GGCCAUGAAGAAAGGCACGCUAUUGACAGGAAAACAUCUCUCGGAGGACUUGACUCAAGCCUGAUUCAAACAUAACUGCCACUGGUUAUGAAAAACUGCACCCUGAGACUAAAACGGCUGGGGGAAAGAUGUUUGUGGAGUCAGUCGUCCGAUGGGGGGUGUGGAGCAUCCUGCUCCAGUUUGGACUGAGUGUAUCCGCAGGAAGCUGUCCUCAGCGGUGUAUGUGCCGACCUGAGGCUAGACAAGUGAUCUGCUCUGGCAAGUAUUUGAAUUCAGUGCCAGAGGGUUUUUCCAGUGAUGCCAGACGUUUGGAUUUAUCCCGCAAUAGGAUUAAGACUGUGGGACGCCGCCAGUUCUCUGGCCUGCUUCAACUUCAAGAGUUGGACCUGAGUGAUAAUAUAAUCUCCAUGAUUGAAGUGGAGGCUUUCUGGGGCUUACAGAGUCUCAGAACACUUAGACUUAAGAAUAAUCGUCUGAAGAUCCUUCCAGUCGGGGUUUUUUCUGGUUUGUCCAGUCUGCGCUUCCUGGAUUUGAGCCAGAAUGAGAUUCUCGUCUUUCUGGACUAUACAUUCAAGGAGAUGGUGAGCCUGCAGACACUGGAAGCGGGGGAGAAUGACCUUGUUUUCAUCUCCCAAAGGGCUUUCUUUGGUCUGCAGAACUUACAAGAGCUUAACUUAGACCGCAGCAACCUGACCUCCAUUCCUACUGAGGCAUUGUCCCAGCUGCAAAGCCUGACCCAGCUGCGCAUGCUACGCCUCACCAUCUCUACACUGCCCAAUAACGCUUUCAGACGACUCCACCGCCUGCGCAGCCUCUUGAUCUCAAACUGGCCAGCCCUGGACACCAUGGCCAGCAACAGUUUGAUCGGUCUUAAUUUGACCACGCUUGUCAUCAGCAAGUGCAACCUCACUGCGGUUCCUUAUGCGGCACUUCGUCACCUGGUGUAUUUGCAUUUCCUGGAUCUGUCCAACAAUCCCAUCACUGUCAUCCAGGGUAACCUGCUGGGGGACCUCCUGAGGCUCCAGGAGUUACACCUAGCUGGGGCGAGCCUGCUACGAGUAGAGCCAGGAGCCUUUAAGGGACUGUCCUUCUUUCGCUUGCUCAAUGUAACAUCCAACCAGCUCACUACUUUGGAGGAAAGUGCUUUCCAUUCUGUGGGAAACCUUCAAGUGCUGCGGUUGGACGGGAACCCCCUUGCAUGCGACUGCCGACUUCUGUGGGUGGUCCGUCGCAGGUUGCGCUUGAGCUUCGACGGACAUCAGCCAACUUGUUCUUCCCCCGACGUUGUCCGACAGCGUGAAUUCCGAGAUUUCUCGGAGAAGGAGCUCCCGAGGCUUUUCACAUGUCGCCCCGCUCGUGUCAUGGACCGCAGGCCACAGGAGGUGAGAGUGGAGGAGGGUACCACGGUUCUCUUUUCCUGUAAGGCUGACGGUGAUCCGUUCCCUGCAAUCACCUGGAUCUCCUCCCAUAAGAACGUUAUCUCUCCGACGGGUAGAAUUAGAGUUCUGCCGAAUGGGACUUUAGAAGUGCGUUUUGCGCAAGUCCAGGACAGCGGCACGUAUCAGUGCCUGGCAGGCAAUGCGGCUGGCAAUGACAGCUUGACUGUGGGCCUGUAUGUGAAAGGGCUUCCACGUAACAGAACAAUGCCUUUCUUUGCAGAAGAGGGCUGGGUAGAGCCUUCAAACGCCCAAGCCGCAAACUCCUCAGCUCAAAUGGCAAAGCCGUAUCCGUUUGAUGCAAAGACUCUCGUCAUUGCCACCACCAUGGGUUUUCUGUCCUUCCUCAGCUCGGUGGCCAUCUGUUUCGUCUUCAUGUUCUUCUGGAGUCAGAGCAAAGGUCAAAUCAAGCACACGGCGACCAUUGACUUUGUCCCACGGUCGUCGGUGGGCGGAGGAGGAGAUGGAGGGGAUGGAGGCAGAUUUACGAUGAAACUUAUUUAAAGCCAUGCAAGGGUGUGAGAGGGGGGGCACUCACUCUAACUGAGUUAUACUGCGCCAUGGACUUUGUGGCUGUACUCAGAGACAAGACCUACGUUCAAUGGCCGCUUAAAAAGCAAAUCAGAGCCAACAUGUUGAGCUUGUGCCAGUUCUCUUCGAGUUUUGGAGGAAAAACUGACAUCUCAGCAAUCCCUUGUCUGUAUAAUGCUUCUGCUUAGAAUCUCAUUAUAUCUACAGUCUCCAAAGAUUGUAAAGACUCUGAAGGUUGCUUUGUUUUUAACAGCUUGUACCUUUUACGUUGCAACGGUUUCUUCAUUAUGAAGCAUGCAGUGACUUUUUUUCAUUCUUCAGGACAGAUUGAUUGACACUUUUUUGCUUUUUGAUAAACACCUCAGGUGCUGUUGAGAUCAAAUUAUCCGUCUUGUUAACAAAACCCUCUCAUUUAUCGUUUCUUCGGUGAAGAUAAUUCGAAAUCGCCUUUUUGACAGUAACUUUGGUUUUAAAAUUUGUUAAUGUGAAUAUGUGAUUUAAAAGCUUUUGCUACAUAUAUAUGUGUGUAUGCAUGUGUAUAAACAUGCGUAUAUUUAUAUAUAGAAUACAUUAGCUGAAUAAUUGUCAAACAAAAAUUGUCAAAUAAAAUUCAAAUAUUCUAAAGAUUUAGAGUAUAUUUCAGGAUUGUUGAUUUUGAAUUGAGUUCUCAAUUUGCGCUUGUGUUAAAUUAUUAUAUGGCUGUGUUAAGGCACACACAGCCAACCAUGAUGUACAUAGGAAUGUAUCCUUUUUUUCUUUCAUACUUUUUAGGUCUCUUUGUCCUUUUGUUAGAUAUUCAUUGACUUCAUCAUAACAUUAGAAGGCUAUUUGUUCAAUUAGAGCAUGCAAUGAUAUCUCCUUUUUCUAUGUGACAAUUUGCUUUUUUAUUUUGUACCCUCUCCAAACACUGAAAAAAGAUGUGCCUCAGUAACAUUCUCACCAUGGACAGAGAGAAUGCUCACCUGAUCAGUAUUAUCGUGUAAAUAUUAAGGUCAAGGACGAUUUGUGUCCUCAGUUCAUUCCGUCAUUUGAUCUAGUUCUGGGGAUUAGUCUCUCCAACAUACCACUUUUAUUGCAUGUACACUUAAUUGAGAUACAGAAGGACACACACAAAUGUUCAGUUAUAUCAGGAAAGUUGGUUAUAACAACGUACACAUAUACUGAUGUACAUGUCUGUUUUUUGCUGUAAAUCACUUUUUUUUUCAUUCUUUCAAUAAAUGCUUAUUUGAACCUG